AUGAAGUUCCAGGACUGGAACGAGAUCUUCAACUACUACGUCGCCAACGUCCGUGUCCGCUCGGAGCAUGCAGUUGGGUACCUCAAGGGUCGAUUCUGCUCCUUGCGUGGCCUUCGGCUACGAAUCGAUGACCAAGAGCAUAUUGGUUUUGCGACAUACUGGAUUAUUGCCUGCAUGGUCGUGCACAACUUCGCGAUGGUCCACGAACGCAACAUCGACAUGGACACUGACGUGUUUUUCCUCGAGGGUCUGCAGCAUGUUCAGGCGGAUGUAGCUGAGGCAGGUGCCGCUGAUGCCGAUGCUCGCGAUAUCGAGCUUGCAGCAGCAGAGGAACGGCGAUGCGAGAUCAAGGAGAUGCUAUUUGACUUUUUGCGUACAGAGAACAGUAACGACGAGAACGAUGUAGCGUAG